AUAUAACGGUUAUGCUAUACUGAAGAAAUACAAUAUGCCUUUGUUUUCACGUGACAACAAUAUCUAUUAUACGACACAACGUGUUCAUUCGAUAUGUUUCAAUGCGAAAGUCCACACCUUUAUUUUCUGGCAUUUGUUGGGUUCAUCUUUACUUUACUAAUUUUAAUCCAUUCUUUCAGCGUCUUCAUAAGAGGAUUAAAACUCUACGUUUUCUCCAAAUUCUUCCCUCCAAAUGUUAAUAAAUAUGGAGUUUGGGCAGUGAUCACGGGUUCCACAGACGGAAUUGGAAAGUCCUACGCCAAAGAACUAGCAAGAAGAGGAAUGAACAUCGUUUUGGUGAGUAGAAACUUGGAAAAAUUAAGAAUAACUGCGGAUGAAAUGGAAAAGGAAUUUAAAGUUUGCGUACAAGUUAUUCAGGCGGAUUUCACGGAAGGUUGGACACUAUACGAAAGAAUAAAGAGUGAGUUAAUGUCGAAGAAUAUAGGUAUAUUAAUCAACAAUGUGGGAUUAAUGGCGCCUCAACCAUGUCAAUUUUUGUCAUUAAGUCAACGAAAUAUACUUGAUAUAAUUCACGUUAAUAUCACUUCCGUGUUGUUAAUGACCAGCGCAAUUUUACCGAAAAUGUUGGAAAGAAAACGUGGUGCCAUUGUAAACAUGUCCAGUCUCAUAGCUUUGUAUAAUAUACCACUGUUCAGCUGUUACGGUGCGUGUAAAUCCGCUGGUAAUUCGAUCGGUUUAGCUCUUACGUACGAAGAUUUAACAGGAAUCAACUUUCAAACUCUCAUCCUUUCUUGCGUUACUACAAAUUUAUUAGAUUACAGCAACAAGAUAUGGAAAUGGUUAUCAUUCUUCGCUCCUAAUGCAGAUUCGUAUGUAAAAAGUGCCAUCAAUACACUAGGAAGAUCUAAUCAUACGACUGGAUACUUUGGCCAUUCUUUGCAAAUCUCUUUCAAGAUUUUUCCCGAAACUGUUCAAAAAUAUUCAUUAUAUUGGAUAUGUUCCUAUUUGUUUAAAAGAAAAGAAAAUCGAACUUGUCAGUAAUAUCAUUAUGUAAAUUCUCGUAUAAUACAAGUUUAUAAAAGAUUAUAUUAAUGUGUAAUGUUAUUUCAGCCAAACCUGUGAACAACGGACACUAACAAUGAUGGUUAUUUAGAGAUUAUUCUUUGUAUUAUUAAUUAUUACGUGU